UUGGUGUCUGUGUCAGCCUCGUUUUAAAUAUGUUGACAUUGAGGUUCUUGAAAAGAGGAAGAGAAGGGAAGGACCACUGGCCUAACUUCGCAAAGGAAAGAAGGCUGAUUUGCUGAAACAGUUCUGCUCAAAAUGGUGUUGGUGUUGGUACUAGGUGAUCUUCAUAUUCCACACAGAAAAAGUGGCUUGCCUCCAAAAUUCAAAAAGCUUCUUGUACCAGGAAAAAUUCAACAUAUUCUCUGCACUGGCAAUCUGUGUACAAAAGAGUCUUAUGAUUACCUAAAGACUUUAGCAAGUGAUGUGCAUGUUGUGCGUGGUGACUUUGAUGAGAAUUUAUUAUAUCCAGAACAAAAAGUUGUGACUGUUGGACAGUUCAAAAUUGGGUUGUGCCAUGGUCAUCAAAUUGUCCCAUGGGGAGAUCCAGAGAGUUUAUCUAUGGUUCAAAGGCAACUUGAUGUAGAUAUUCUUAUAACAGGGCAAACACACAAGUUUGAGGCUUAUGAACAUGAAGGGAAGUUUUAUAUCAACCCAGGGUCAGCCACAGGUGCAUACCACCCACUUGAAAUGAGUAUUGUUCCUUCCUUCGUACUGAUGGAUAUCCAAUCAACCACAGUUGUUACAUAUGUUUACCAGCUUCGUGCAGAUGACGUCAAAGUCGACAGAAUUGAAUACAAGAAAUGAUAUGCGCACUUUGUUUAUUUCGUAAAUGGCAGAUAAAUCUUAUUUGAGACUUUUGCAGGAUAUGAUCGGUGCACGUUUCUGAAUGGAAUCGUAAAAUUUUGUAUAUUGAUUUAAGUUUCA